UCGCCAUAUUGGGCUUCAUCUACCCCCUUCUCAGUAGGAACUAGGAAUUUCCGAUAACACGUGAACGCGACAUUAGCAUAGCAACUGCGAGUCUGGGCAUAAAAGACAACAUAACAAACGGUUAUCUGUGGCUAUUAAACUUUUGUUGCUUAACACUUUAUUUGCCCCAGACAUAUUUUUUUGGUUCAUUGCUCACUAACGUUAGCUGGCUGGCUUCGUUCUGAUCCAUAUAGUAGAGGGCGUCUGCUUCGCCUCCCUCCAUGAAGCGCUGCGAUGCCCUCUGAUUUUAUAUCCCUACUCAGCGCGGAUCUCGACCUUAAUUCCCCCAAAUCUCUUUACUCUAAAGAGUCUGUGUAUAACCUCCUCCCUAAGGAGCUCCAGCUGCAGCCAUCCUCCUCCUCCCAGACAGACGCACCCACCAUGAGCCAGAAGAGUGGGGGAGAGGCCGGACCGCCCCCUUCUGCAGCCAUGGCCUCAGAUGCCACCUCAUCUAGCCCUUCUCCAUCCUCCUCUUUGGCCAUGGACCAGCACAAGCCUCCUCUCCUCCUCCAACACCAUCCCAGCGGUGCCCCCAGAGAGGUGUCCGGAGCCCCAGAAGGAUCAGAGAUGCAAGGCAUGGAGGGAGCUCUGUCUGCCCCUGAAGGUGGAGACGGCAGUGAGACCAGCUCUGGAACAGGAGGAGGAGACCCAGGAGCACCAGGGGCAGUGGGGGUGGGAGCCCAGCAGCAGCAGCCCCAGAACACCCCCUCUAAGCGGAGGCCAGUGUUGAGCAUCUCCCCCCCUCCAGAGGACCUGUUUGAUGACAGCAGUAUGUCCUGCCAGGAGGAUCCAGCCCCGGCCGGGCCAGCAGGCCCAGACUCAGAACAUAGCAGCAGCAUCUGGGCUGACGACUCGGCCUCCAACUUCAGCCUGAUCAGCUCCAGCUCCUACAACGACAACACAGAGGUCCCCCGCAAGUCCCGUAAACGCACCCCCCGCCAGCGGCCCGGGCCCAGGCCUGCACCCCCAGAGGACAGCAUGGAUGUGUUUGAUGCAGACAGCGCCAAGGCCCCACACUUUGUCCUGUCUCAGCUGGGCCCAGACAAGGCCAGCCCCAAGCCCAGUUCUCUGGAGGCUGGGUGCAUGCUGAAGGGAGGCCUGCUGUCAGGUCAGUAUCCCCAGAAGAGUGAGGGCAAGGAGCUGAAGAUCCUGGUGCAGCCAGAGACCCAGCACCGGGCACGCUACCUAACCGAGGGCAGCCGCGGCUCUGUCAAAGACCGCACACAACAGGGCUUCCCCACGGUCAAGUUAGAGGGCGUCAGUGAGCCGGUGGUGCUGCAGGUGUUUGUUGCCAGUGACGCAGGCAGAGUGAAGCCUCAUGGGUUCUACCAGGCAUGCAGGGUGACAGGACGCAACACCACAGCCUGCAAGGAGGUGGACAUCGAGGGAACCACCGUCAUAGAGGUCCCUCUGGAGCCCAGCAGCACCAUGUCACUUGCGGUUGAUUGUGUGGGGAUCCUGAAGCUGCGUAACGCGGACGUGGAGGCUCGUAUCGGUGUGGCCGGGUCCAAGAAGAAGAGCACCCGGGCCAGGCUGGCAUUCAGGGUCAACAUCCCCCAGCCUGACGGGUCUGUCCUCACCCUGCAGACCACCUCGUCACCCAUCCUCUGCACCCAGCCAGCGGGGGUGCCAGAGAUCCUGAAGAAGAGUCUCCAUAGCUGUUCAGUGAGAGGAGGAGAGGAGCUCUUCAUCAUAGGGAAGAACUUCCUCAAAGGAACCAAGGUCAUCUUCCAGGAGAACCCAGCCGAUGAUAACUCGUGGCAGGCCGGGGCAGAGAUUGACAUGGAGCUGUUCCAUCAGAACCAUGUGGUCGUGAAGGUUCCUCCGUACCACAGCCUGUCUGUCUCCUCUCCUGUCUCUGUGGGUGUCUACAUCAUGACCAACGCCGGGAGGUCACAUGACAUCCAGCCCUUCACAUAUACCCCAGACUCAGAAAACUCCCUGAACAUGUCUGUGAAGACAGAGGGCUCUUCUCUGGUCAAGGCCUGCACCUUCCAUGACCAGAUCAAUUCUCUGGUCUCUGACCCUGCCCAGUCUGCUGGUGAACUGGUCAAACGACAGGAGGUCACACCUAUGGAGGUCUCCAGCAAUACCCCAUCCAAAGCACUCUUCAAGCAACCCUCUGACACCCUUAUCUUAGUCCAGCAGACCCUUGACCUGAGCUCCAGCGCCCCGCCUAGCAAUGAGUCCUUCCCUAGCCCCAUGCCCCUCCAGCCUGGGGACGUGGACCUCCCUCAGGCCCCCGUCUUUCCCUCCCUGGAGCCCCUCGGCACCAUCCAGAAGCAGGACAUCGCCCCCAUCACCUCCUUCCCUGUCUCCAGCGACACUACCACCCUCCCCCCUGUCCCCCCAGAGGUACCCCAGCAGUUCCUCCGGGACCCCCAGGAGAGCCUGCCUCAAGAGGCCUCCAGCUCCAGCAGCGGGGUGAUGGUAGUAGGAAUGUCCCAGAUGGCGCCCCCCUCCCAGGCCCCCCAGCUGGAGAGGGCGGUAAGGGAGCUCCAGGCGGGGGGCAGCAGCCUGGUACAGCAAGUUCUAGAGGCAGCAGUGGCCCAGCAGCAACUCAACUCAGUGUUGUACAGCCCCACGCCCUCCACUGACACCCUGCAGCAAAACGUACAGGACACCAUGAACAGCCUGAGACUGGGGUGCACUGAGGGCUCUCUGGCCACACAACAACACCUACAGAUACAACAACAGCAGCAGCAGCAGAUACAACAACAGUUGCAACAACAGCAGAUCCUUGGCAACAUGCAACAGCAGCAGCAACAGAUACAGCAGCAGCAACAGAUACAGCAACAGCAGCAGCAACAGUUACAUCAACAGCAACACCAAGUCCUUGGCAACAUACAGCUACAACCACAAUUAUUACUACAGCCACAGGAUCAACAACUGCAACAGCAACAACAGAUACUGGGGAACCUACAACAGCAACAAUUACAACAUCAACAGUUUCAACAACAGCAGCAGCAGGUCCUAGGCAACAUACAGCUACAGGAUCAACAACAACUACUGGGCAACCUACAACAACAAAACCAAGCAGUAGGCAACAUGCAACAGUUACAACAGCAGCAGCAACAACAACAACAGUUACAGCAGCAGCAGCAACAACAACAACAGUUACAACAGCAGCAGCAACAACAACAACAGUUACAACAGCAGCAGCAACAACAACAACAGUUACAGCAGCAGCAGGUGUUGGAGAACUUCCAGCAGCAGCUCCAGGCUGAGCUCCUCCAGCCCCAGAUCCACUGCUCGUCUCAGCCCCAGCAGCAGCAGCCUGUGUCUCUCCUCCAGCAGGCUGGGGAGCUGCUCACCAUCCAGACCUCCAGCUUCCCCCAGCAGCCCCCCUCCCACACCUCUCCCCCCCAGCAGCUCCUCCAGUCCCCCAGGCCUCUGUCGGAGACCCCCAGCCCACAGCACCAGGUCCAGGCCGCCCUGCUUCAGAACACUUUGACUGUGCUGACCAGUGGUAGCCUAGAUCAUGAGCAGCAGGUCACGGGGUCAACACUUUUCCUCUCUCCCAACACACUCUCUAACCAGGGUAGUCAGCAACAGCUAGCAUUCCUGUCCUCCAUGGAGACUUCAGCCAGUGAGCCUCAGACUGUGUCAGUGUUCCAGCCUCAGACCCAGCAGCAGCAGCAGAGCACCCCCAUGGACCAACAGCAGUCCCCCCAGCAGACACAACCACAGCAAACCCAGCAGCAGCUUCCCAUGGCUCAGCAGGGCUCCUUGUUCCAGACUAGCACUCUGUCCCCCAGCCAGCACCCUCAGCCCCAGCCCGCAGACCUGCUCCUCUGCACCGCCUCCCUCAACCCCCAGGCUCUACCCCCAGCCCUCCUCUUCAGUACCCAGGCCCAGAGCCCCUCCAUGGGCAGCAGCAGCACCCCUCACCCCCAGGACACCCCUGCUCCCCUCCUGUUCUCCCAGCCCACCAUGGUGGGGAUCAGGGUAGGGGUGGCCCAGUCUGACCCAGCAGAGCCCAUGUCCUUCCAGGACCAGAGCUCCACAGUAGGGGGGACCCCUGCCUCCAUCAAUCCCUCUCAGCAGGGCCUGUUCCAGGGGCAGCAGCCAAUGCAGGUGGGCUCCAGCUCAGGCAGUGGCCCUGCCAGUCAGCAGGUGGAGCUGUUCCUGCCACAGGGUUCUCUGUCUGGUCUGCAGAGCAGCAUGGCCACGCAGGAACUAGAAAACCAGGCUGCAGCAGCUGCAACCAUCUUUGUGAUGCAGAGCGGGCUGGGGGUGGUGGGGCUGCAGAGUACCACCUCCUCCCCCGGUCAGAGACCCCCAGAGCAGCUGUUCCAGACGGGAGUGAGCGGGAACGUCAGCCAGCCAGGAGGACAACCCAACCUGUUUGUGUUCGGCCUCCAGAAUGAUUCCUCCCAGCUGAUGACGUCCUCUGGUCCUACACUAUCAGCCCAGGGCCAACCCCAGAACCCCAACCCUGUGCAGGCAAGCCACAUCCAGUCUCUACUGGACCCAAACAUAUCCCAGACAGCCACACCCAUGCAGACUAACCUUCAGACACCCAUGCAAAGUAGUCUACAAAACACCAUGAGUAGCUUAGAAAACGCCAUGCAGACCAACCUACAGACCCCAAUGCAGACAAACACACAUACUGCAAUGCAGACCAAUAUACAGACUGCCAUAGAAACUAGCCUGCCAACCCUCAUGCAGACCAACGUCCAGACUAGCUUACAGAACGCCAUACAGACCAACAUGCAGACGUCCAUGAGCACCUCCCAGAACAUGGAGAAGAUGGAGGACCUGCUGGAGAGUCUACAGAAACAGUGAUCAUUACUGGGGGUUCUAGUGACGUCUGCCCACUCUUAGACUGGGACAGGUUGUGUCUUCUGCUUACAAAUUCAACCCCCCACAGAUACAGAUAAUGGGGAUAGAGGUGUCUGACCAUGGUAUGAGCCACCUAGGCUAAGAACAUGUCAUGAUGAUGUUUUAAAUAUUUUUAUCAGAUGUACUCUUGUGCCCUUAGCUCAUAUUUUGAUGUGUUUGUACAUGCAUUCAUAGAGAAGGACAGACAUAUAGACACUGUUAUGAUGAGUUGGUCCAAUUUGUAAGUCGCUCUGGAUAAGAGCGUCUGCUAAAUGACGUAAAUGUAAAUGUAAAUGUGAUUGCUCAUUUUGCUGGAUCAGAGGAAAGUAACUCCUGUAUCCAUCAGUUUAACAUAUACAGUGGUUCUUCUUUUUCAUAAUGUACUGUGUUAUUGAUGGCUACGAGUGGAGGGAGGAAGACUGAGAGAGAAAGCAGGAGAGGGAUAGAGAAAGUUGGAGCUAGAGAGAGAGACCGAAGAGAUGGCGAAAAGAUUGUGAGAUUUUUAUGAUGGAAAGGGAAGUGCGGCCAGAGAAAGGUAUCUCACCCUGUUCUUGUUUGUGAUUGCAAAGCUUCAUUCAGGUCAUACAGCAGUCAGUGUAUCUGGUCAUACAGCAGUCAGUGUAACUCAUAAUAUCUCUUGCUGUGGCAUUUCCCAGUCUCCAUGUGGUCUCUUAUUAUUACAAGUGGUUACAGAGGCUUUUUCCAUGUUUAUGAAGCAUUUGCAUAUAUCGUGCGACUUGUGUUUGGGGGAUUUUAGAAUUGGAUUUGGAAGUCUUUCCAGUAUAUUGUGAAUAUAAUUAUGCUUUCUACUAGGGAGAGUGAAGCGUUGUGUGGUUUUAUAAACAUUAAGCACUUUAUAAACUGUUUUGUGUGACCAGCAAAUCCUUAUAUCCAUCCAGAGGCUUUCUAUGGUUAGUCACUUUGUACUUGUUGAUGUCCAUUAAAAAAUUAUAAUUUUUAAAGUUGUCAAGGUAUACAUUUAAACACAUUGACCAUGUAUUCAUACAUUUUUCAUUCACUAUAUUUUUGGAGAUAUUUUUGAGAUUUUUCUAAAGAUUGUCUGUGAAUUCAUCUGAAGCCUAUUUAUACUGAGUGGUCCAGUCAGUGUCUGUCAAUUGUCAUUCCCAUAACGAGUAUACAGUGUUUGUUUUGGUGUGUCUCUGAUUGUAACUAGCUACUGUUCCUAGGCUUUCAUAUCUCUGCCUACAUCCCCACCAAUUAUACUUUUUUUGUGUCGAUACAUUGUGUGUACAUUUGUGCGUGUGUUAUUUUUAUUAAGAAUGUACAGCACAUUGCUAUCUGUAGCCUACUAUUUACCUUGUACUUUGCAAUCUGUGUAAGUUAACAGACAGUGUUUUACCUUGUUUUGUGUGUGGUUGUAGUUUUUGGUUGGUUUCUGGUUCAUGCACUGACAGAUGUUGAACCACUACUGUCAGUGUUCAGGGCAGAGCUGUGUGAAAUAGACACACAGUACCUGUCCCAUGCAUUGACACCAGGGACUCACUGCUACACAAAAACUCUGCUACAAUAGCAUACCACUUACUAUAAAGCAAUGUUUUGGGCAUGUACUCUGUGGUAUGCUAGUAUGGACAUUGGAAUGUGGCCUAAAAUCUCUGUUACUAAGGUUGGAGUAAUUGCUGUGAGCAGGCAGUGUGUGGGGAGUGUAUCCUGUUUUCAAACUCUUGUCAUAUUUGUUCCAUUUAAAAUAUCCUAAUGUUUGUUUACUCAUUUGUAAAUGUUUUACUCAUUUUAAAUCAUACAGCUUUCAUGGAUAAUAUUAACAUUGUUUUUGUACAAAUUACAAACUUUAAGUAGUACACAUAUUGUGUAAGGAACUCUCCUCCCAACAGUUUUGCCUCUGUUAUAUCCAUCCAAAUUAAUAUGCAUUUUAAAGCAUGUUGCUCUACUUUGCUUUAGAUGCAAGGUGAUACUACUGUUAUUCCAUAUCUGAUAAAUAGUAGUCUGUUUGACAUAUUGGCUGUGUUUACACAGGUAGCCCAAUUCUGAUAUUCUUUCCCCACUAAUUGGUCUUUUGACCAAUCACAUCAGA